AUGUCUCCAGAGUUCGAAGCUAGUCUUUUGCGGAUACUCGAGAACCAAACCCGAAUGCUCGAAGAAUUCACCCGGCAACGAAACGUUCCAGCUCAAACCACAGGCGAAGGAUCCAGUCAACAAAACGGUCAUCAGAAUCCGGAGGAUCCACGCCGGCAGAACCAGAGCGAAUUUGUGAUCGAAUCCCUGUCAAGCGGAAUCCACGAAUUCAACUACGAUCCGGAAGCCGGAGCUACAUUUGAAGCAUGGUUUGCAAAAUAUGAGGACCUUUUUGAAGAAGACGCACGAAACCUGGACGAUCCUGCUAAAGUUAGGCUCCUUCUCCGGAACCUUAGCACUGUAGCUCAUAAGAAAUAUGUGAACUACAUACUUCCGAAGAAAUCAAAAGAAGUGACGUUUGCUGAGACGGUCAACACACUCAAUUCCAUCUUUGGCCGUCAUACAUCACUUUUCAAUCUGCGAUACCAGUGCCUCCAGCUCCAGAAAAACCAAUUUGACGACUUCUACAAGUAUGCCGGUAUCGUCAACGAAAGAUGUAAAGAAUUCAAGCUGUCCGAAAUUGAUGCCGACCAGUUCAAAUGUUUGCUCUUCGUGUGUGGCCUUAGUUCCUGCAAAGACGCCGACAUCCGAACGUCUUUACUUUCAAAAAUCGAAAGCUCCAACCCUACAAUGCCGAUGACGCUGCGUUCGUUGGCUGAGGAAUGCCAGAGACUUCUGAAUUUGAAACGGGACACUGCGAUGAUCGGAAGCACCGGAAACAAGCCGUCCGUACACGCUGUGAAGCAAACCCACUACCGGAAAUCUUCGAGCCAACUGCAAUCUGAAACGCCCAACACGCCUUGCUGGAGAUGCGGUGAAACGCAGUAUUCCAAGUUUUGCCCAUAUCAAACACAUGAGUGCAAAACUUGCAAACAGAUUGGGCAUAAAGAUGGAUAUUGUGCCUGUUUCAAACCGAAAUCUCGCCGGAGGAGAAACAAUAAACCAAAGCGACCCAAAGCCCAAGCCCAAGGAAUAUACUCCGUCAACCAGGUGAACAUCGCAGCCAAACGGAAAUUUGUUCAUGCGGACAUCAACGGCACAGCUGUUAAGCUUCAACUGGACAGUGCAGCAGAUAUCAGCAUAAUUUCUGAAGAGGUCUACAAGCAACUAGGCAGUCCGCCUGGUGAACAACCAUCAAUCAACGUUGUCAACGCUUCAGGUGACAGCAUGGGUCUUAUUAAGGAGUUCCCCUGUACAAUCACCCUACACGACGUGGCCAAAGAAGGAAGAUGUUUUGUCUCCAACGCAAGCGGUCUGAAUUUGUUCGGUGCUGAAUGGAUUGAACUAUUUGGUCUCUGGGACGUACCGUUCAACGCGGUGUGUCGUCAGAUUUCUACAAAAUGCUACCCUCAAGCUGCUCAACUAGUCGAUGGUCUCCAAAAGAAAUUCGUAAACUUUUUUAGCGACCAACUGGGACUUUGUUCAAAGAAGAAGGUUUCCUUAACAGUCAAGCCCGGUGCCAAGCCAGUAUUCCGACAGAAACGUCCGGUUCCAUACGCAUCAACCGCCAAGAUUGAAGAAGAACUCGAGCGACUUCAAAACCUGGGCAUCAUCACACCGGUUUCGUAUGCAGAAUGGGCCGCUCCAAUUGUAGCUGUGCGAAAACCCAACGGCAAAGUGAGGAUUUGUGCCGACUAUUCUACAGGCUUAAAUGAAGCACUCAUCCCGAAUCAACAUCCACUUCCGCUUCCACAAGACAUUUUCGCAAAGUUGGCCGGCAAAAAGUUUUUCUCACAAAUCGAUUUGUCGGACGCUUAUCUUCAAGUCGAGGUCUGCGAAUUUUCCAAAAAGCUGUUGACAAUAAACACUCACAAGGGUCUGUUCCAGUUCAACCGACUUUCUCCGGGGGUAAAAACUGCACCUGGAGAAUUCCAACAUAUUGUCGACAACAUGAUCGCUGAUUUGGCGGACACAAGCGGAUAUCUCGACGACAUCAUCGUGGCAAGUGACACUUUGGAGGGCCACAUUUCUGAAAUCGAUCGGUUGCUACGUCGUAUCGAAGAGUAUGGUUUCCAUCUGAAAAUCGAGAAAAGUACUUUCUUUAUGCAACAAAUAAAGUACCUUGGUUUCAUAAUUGACGCUGCAGGAAUCCGUCCUGAUCCAUCGAAGGUCAAAGCUAUCAUCGACAUGCCAGCCCCCAAAGAUGUUUCAACUUUACGUUCGUUUCUUGGAGCAAUCAACUAUUACGGGAAAUUCGUCAGGUCCAUGCACGAUUUACGUCACCCGUUGGAUGCGCUACUCAAGAAAGAAGUCAAGUGGAACUGGUCGGAAGAUUGUCAAAAGUCGUUUGAAAAAUUCAAGAAACUUUUGCAAUCCGACUUACUUCUGACCCACUACAAUCCCAAACUGGAGAUGAUUGUAGCAGCUGACGCGUCGCUGUAUGGAAUUGGUGCUGUUCUACUGCACCGUUUCCCCGAUGGUUCCAUCAAGGCAGUUUGUCACGCUUCUCGAACACUCACAAGCGCUGAUAAAAACUACUACCAAGGCGAAAAGGAAGGAUUGGCCCUCAUUUUUGCCUGCACAAAGUUCCACCGUAUGAUUUUUGGCCGGCAUUUUACCCUCCACACCGAUCACAAGCCUCUUCUUGGUAUUUUUGGAUCCAAGAAAGGUGUGCCGGUCCACACAGCAAGCAGACUACAACGGUGGGCACUCGUUCUUUUACAAUACGAUUUCAAGAUCGAGUUCAAAUCAACUGAAAGCUUCGGGCAUGCAGACGUCUUAUCAAGAUUGAUUGGACAACAUUCCAAGCCAGAUGAAGACUACGUGAUCGCUAGCAUGCAACUUGAAGCCGACAUACGCAGUGUACAAGCCGAAUCUGUAGCAGCAUUACCAGUCGAUCACCAGAUGAUUUUGCACGAGACCAAACAGGACAGAACCCUCCAAAAGGUGCUCCAGUUUCUCCGUAGCAAUUGGCCAUCAUCCACAUCCAACGCUGAUUUGCUGCAAUUUUUCAAAAGGAAGGACUCAUUUUGCGAAAUCGACGAAUGUGUCAUGUUUCUGGACCGAAUCGUGAUUCCAGCAACAUUACGUGAAGCAGUUCUAAGGCAACUUUACGUGGGUCACCCAGGAAUGCAGCGGAUGAAAUCGAUUGCGAGAAGCUACGUCUAUGGGCCUAACAUCGACUGCGACAUAGAAGAUUUUGUUCGGAAAUGUUCCAGUUAUGCCAUAGCAGCAAAAGCUCCGGUGAAAUCAACGGAACUCCAGCUUUUCAUCCUCAGUCCAAUGGUCAAGCAGAGCAACAAAUCCCCUGCUGAAGCUCUCCUAGGUCGGAGAAUUCGCACCAAAUUCGAUUUGAUGAAGCGUUCCAGACCCCAACCAACUUUGGUGAACGAGAAUCAAAACAACCAGUACAACCAGAAGCACGGUUCCAAGCAACGGUUGUUCCAGCCGAACGAUAAAGUGUUUGCUUUGAUACACAUCCGAAAUCAGCAACACUGGGCCCAAGGUAUCAUCAUCGAGCGAAAAGGUCAAGUCGUCUAUACCGUUCUUCUGGAUGAUCCCAAACGCAAAGGAUUGAUAAGAUCGCAUGUCAAUCAAUUGCGUAGUAGAGCAGCAUCAGACAUGACGUCAACCGAGCAGCAAAUUCCCCUUCAAGUUUUGCUAGAAGAAUUUAAGAUUCCGCAAUCUAGAAGUGAAGCUGAAGACGUUGGUCAACCCGCUGAUUCCGUAGCAGACGUACAACAAGAUCAACUGCAGACAUUGCCAGAAAUCAUCGAUGAAGCUGGUCCAUCUCAUCCACGAAUUCCUGAAGAGGUUCGAAUUACAAGGAAACGAGCUGCGAAAAUAACGCCACCCCGAAAGCGCCGAUUACCAUCCUAUUUCCAGUACUACGAACUUUUCUAA